AAAUAUAUGACUUGUAUCAAGAAAUGUCAAUGGAAAAUGAUAAACUUGAAUCUGCUGCUACAAUGACUUGUAAAGAAGAAACGAAUGAUGAUGACCUCCAGCCAAGACAAAUUUCUGAAAAUAUUCCUAAAGAAGAGUAUAUCUGUGGAAAAUUAGACCCAUUAAUUCCUAAAACAUUUAAUAAUGAACAAUUGAUACAAGAAAAUUCAUUAUUAAUUUACCUACUGCAACAACUACCCCAAAUUAAUAAAUUUGAAUACUCUAGUAAUAAAAAUAGUUACCAACCAAAUCUUAAGAGAUUUCUUCAG